GCUGGGAGAGCCACAGCAUUCCGUGUCUCAUCAUUAUGUCUUUGCAGGCUGAUUUUGACCAGGCCGCACAAGACGUGAGGAAGCUGAAAAGCAGACCAGAAGAUGAAGAACUCAAAGAACUCUAUGGGCUCUACAAACAGUCCAUCAUUGGAGACAUCAACAUUGGUGCGUGCCCUGCAAUGUUAGAUCUAAAGGGGAAGGCCAAGUGGGAAGCGUGGAACCUCCAAAAAGGGUUAUCGAAGGAAGACGCCAUGUGUGCCUAUAUUUCUAAAGCAAGACAGCUGAUUGAGAAAUAUGGAAUUUAGAAUGUGAUGGAGACAUAUCUCUUUUGGAAGCCUUCAUUAGUAACUCUCUAAAUAAGAUCCUGUAUUUUUUUUUCUAUUAGCACGAAUUAUAAUGCUUAAGACUAUAUCAAAAUAGUUACCUGACUUUACUUGCUUGAGCAGGGUGACUUUAAAAAGUUCCUUUUCAAAAAUUGUUUCAUAGUAUGCAUAUGAAAUUUAAUAAAUAUAUUUCUUUUUUGCAU